AAGGGAGAACGUUUGUACUAUAAAACCCCCCAAGACUAUGACUUCCAGUAAAAUUGAGAUGCCAGGAGAGGUGAAGGCAGACCCUGCCGCUCUGAUGGCAUCUCUGCAUCUGCUGCCUUCUCCCACUCUCAACCUUGAAAUCAAAUACACCAAGAUUUUCAUAAAUAAUGAGUGGCAAAAUUCUGAGAGUGGGAACGUAUUCCCAGUGUAUAAUCCAUCGACAGGAGAGCAGAUCUGUGAGAUCCAGGAAGCCGACAAGGCUGAUACGGACAAAGCAGUGAGGGCAGCUCGCCUUGCUUUCUCUCUAGGCUCGGUGUGGAGGAGAAUGGAUGCAUCGGAAAGAGGCCGUCUCUUGGAUAAACUAGCGGACUUGGUUGAAAGAGACAGGGCAAUUCUUGCUACCAUGGAAUCACUGAAUAGUGGUAAACCCUUCCUGCAAGCUUUCUAUGUAGAUCUUCAAGGAGUCACCAAAACCUUGAGGUAUUAUGCAGGUUGGGCAGACAAGAUUCAUGGAAUGACCAUUCCUGUGGAUGGAGAUUAUUUUACGUUUACAAGACAUGAACCCAUUGGAGUGUGUGGACAGAUCAUCCCUUGGAACUUCCCCCUGCUGAUGUUUGCAUGGAAGAUUGCCCCAGCUCUGUGCUGUGGCAAUACAGUAGUUAUUAAACCAGCAGAGCAAACACCACUCAGCGCGCUUUAUAUGGGAGCUCUCAUCAAGGAGGCUGGCUUUCCACCAGGAGUAGUCAAUAUUUUGCCAGGAUUUGGGCCAACUGCAGGCGCAGCAAUAGCUUCUCAUGUUGGCAUAGAUAAAAUUGCUUUUACUGGAUCUACUGAGGUUGGGAAGCUGAUCCAAGAAGCAGCUGGAAGGAGUAAUUUGAAGAGAGUAACGCUGGAGCUGGGAGGGAAGAGUCCCAACAUCAUUUUUGCAGAUGCUGAUUUGGACUAUGCUGUGGAACAAGCUCACCAAGGAGUCUUCUUCAAUCAAGGACAAUGUUGCACUGCAGGCUCGCGGAUUUAUGUGGAAGAGUCCAUCUACGAGGAGUUUGUGAGAAAAAGUGUUGAACGUGCCAAGAGGAGAGUAGUGGGGAGUCCUUUUGACCCAAGUACGGAACAAGGACCCCAGAUUGAUAAGAAACAGUACAACAAGAUCCUGGAACUGAUCCAGAGCGGCAUUGCUGAAGGCGCAAAACUCGAAUGUGGUGGAAAAGGACUAGGAAGAAAGGGGUUCUUCAUUGAACCGACAGUGUUUUCCAAUGUAACCGAUGACAUGCGGAUUGCCAAGGAAGAGAUCUUUGGGCCUGUUCAAGAAAUACUGAGAUUUAAAACCAUGGAUGAAGUUAUAGAGAGAGCCAACUGUUCAGAUUUUGGACUGGUAGCUGCUGUCUUUACAAAUGACAUUAACAAGGCCCUGACAGUCUCAUCUGCAAUGCAAGCUGGGACAGUCUGGAUAAAUUGUUACAAUGCCUUAAAUGCCCAGAGUCCAUUUGGAGGGUUCAAAAUGUCUGGCAAUGGGAGAGAAAUGGGCGAAUGUGGAUUGAGAGAAUAUUCUGAAGUUAAAACUGUGACAAUAAAGAUUCCUCAAAAGAAUUCCUAAGAAGAUGGAGCAUGUUGUGCAGAACAGCAUGAGAUCCCACCCUCGAUAUUCCUUAUGGGACCAGCACUCAGGAAUAAAAAGUGUUGUUACGCAGUAUAUAUUUAAGAUAUUAAGUUACAACAUAUAUACCAGGCACAUAAUUGCAUACAUAAUGCAAACCAACUCUGCAUUGUUUCAUAAUACUCCAUUGGCAAUCCGCCCCCCCCCCUUUUUAAAUCAAAUCAGGCAGGAAGAGUUAACAUUGCAAUUGGAUACCAUUUAAUAACUGCACCACUCUAAAACUAUUAGCUACACACACAAUAAUCCUUUGCCUACAUAUGCAAAAAAGGCAGGUUGUUUUAAAAUCACCUUCUCAAAAAAGGCUGCUUUGGGCUGGUAGUCUUAUAUGAUGCUUUGCAGCAGAUUUCAUUUGAAGAGUCACCAUUUUAGUCAUGAUCAAGUAUCACUGGUGUUCUUUAAUAACCAAAAGUGAACUAUUUUGAAUUGGAGCCAGCCAGUAUGUUACCUUGGUUACUUUGCAAUCAACAUGAUAUUUUGAAGUGGUCACACAAGUGGAGAAGGGAGAGGACAAAAUUAUUGUAUGGAUUAUUCAACUUGGAAGGAUUCUAGUGAGCACUGAUAUCUGGUUUAGGCCCAAGACUGACUGGUAUUCACAGUGAAUCUUAAUACUUAUUUUACGUGUUAUUAUAGGUACCAUCUUACUUGUAAGGUUUUUUUAGAAAGUUUUAUCAUCCUCUCAGCCGCACAUGACUGAAUUGGAGCGAGAUUCCAAAGGUUUUACAGAGUUAUUCUUUUACUUCCAUUAUUUGCAGAGCAUUCCCUCCUCCCCCAUCCCUCCCUCCCACCAAUGAAAUAUCUGCAUACCCUUACGCAGACUCUGCAGGCUUCUUGGCCAGCAAACUGCAUCACAGCAGAAGUUUCUACUUUGACCCAGUUUAGAAAUUGUGAUGUGUUCAUUAGAGUUGGAAAAACCUGCCGGACAAGCGAAAAGGUGGUUUGCUGUCCUCACGGUGCUGGUGAACCCCGCAAGAGCUUAAUUGCUGCUCUUGGACUUUUCAUUGAUGUCCACUCUGGUUUCACAAAGCGUCAGAAUAAGAGCAGGCCUAGUUACAAGUGAGACUCGCUGCUAAUCCCUUCUUGUGGCUCCAGAAUCCUUCCUGAUUCCCAGGUUACAAAUGGAACAUCAACACAUCCUUGUCUUUUUUUUCUUUCCUGCUGCAGAUGCAGAAUAACGCUCUAGCACCAGUUGGGGUGAGGUGUUUUGCUCAGGCCUGUACACAGGGGGAAGAGGCGGAAAAGGGUGCAAAAGCACCACCUCUAUUGUCCCCCAAGUAAGUAUGCUCCGGCCAGGCCGGGGAAGGUGGGAGCAGUGUGCUGCUGAGUUUCUCUCCCACAUGCUCUGGCGGCCCGGAGGAAGGCUGGGGCUAAUUGUCCCACUUACCUGGGGGAGCAUGAGAGGUGCAUUCACACCUUUCAGUCUACAUUUACAAAAAAAGCACCACUCAACAGAAAUUCCUGAGUACGGGCCUGGUGUUAUUUUAACAACAUAUAUUUAAAAGUACAGUAAAUAUCCUACUGUAGCUACAUUAUGUGGAAUGUAGGGACAGAAUUAUAGCCUCAUAUAUUUAACAGUUUGUUUCUUAACCAUAGGCUCUAUAGGCCAAGGUGCUGAGCAGGGAGUGCUCCAUGGAGUCCAGUCCAGCAAAGCAUUAAGGCACUUGCUUAACUUUUACCUCAGAAGUUAGGACUGCCCUAAGAGCUUUGUAGUAUUGGGACCCAAGUGCCUCGCAUCUUCCAACCUUGAGCCCAAAAAGUGUUUUGUAUCUAUAACUCAUGACAUUUCCUGUGUGUGUGUUUUUUAAGUACUAUGUACCAUGCUGUUUUUCACAAGUGACAGGGAAUUCACAAACACAGUGCUGACACCAAGUAUUCCUGAGUUGUUACAUGUGAAUGUCAUGUACUCCUACUGUAGCGUAUGCCAGAGUAAAAUAAACAUACAGCAAAUAACACAUUAGUUAUCUUUUUAACUGCAAUAUAAAAUGUGAAAAAAAGAAAUUCUAUUUCUUUCCUGUUAUUUACUUAAAAAGAAAAAAGAAAAGAAACCUUCUGUGCUAGCAAUAAGCAUUUAUAUUAUGUAUUCCUCUGUAUUAUUUGUGUGUUUUGUAUGUCUUUGUGUUAUUCCAGUUAAAUUCAGGUAAAUUAUACACAGCUGCCAUUUGUUCCUCAGCUUUGUCACUGUUGCUAUAUUUGAUGUACAUGAGUUUGUGAAAAUCUUGUUUUAAACAAUAUACCAUCUGCAUGUAGCCAACAAAACUUUUCUCUCCAAUACCUGCAGGUCUUUGUUACAGUUUAUCAUGUAUAUAGUUAUGUUAUUAAAAAGUAAAAGGAGAUGAAAUAUUUUCUAUGAUGUUUUCCAUUAAAAAGAUUUAGA